GUGCGUGUUUGGGUCGCAGUCUAGUCUUGACUCGUGAAGAUCCUUAGUUCCAUUCUUAUUAUUUUGUGUUCGCAAAGUGAUCGAGUGGUUUUUGUUUUUGUAUCGUGUGUUGUGAAUGGAUUUGUAAAACUCGAUUAUGAAGGCGGAUGCGUCGUAAGGACAAAAUAACGAAAAUGGUGGGAUGACGUGUGAACAAUGUUGCUACAGUCGUCGCCCGGUACCAGCGGCACGGCUAGUCCAAAACCCGCUCCGAGUCCAAGGUCUAGCACUCGACAUGAUGGAGCUUCGAACACCCCGAAUUUGGGCGCCAACAGCCCUAAUUUGGGGGCGAGUCCUAAAUACGGGAGUCCGAGACUGGGAGGGAGUCCUCGGCCCGGGAAGACGGCGGAGGAAGACGAGAUUGCGCUGGAGAGGCUACAGACCGAACUGAAGGAGGGAUGGACUGUGCACACGGGUCGCGACGGCAGAUUGUAUUAUUGCAAUCACGUGACACGAACAGCGAGCUGGUUACCCCCCGCCGAGAGCUGGUCGUCGCCGCGGGACUGUCAGGAGCCGGAUACAGAAGAACUGCCUUAUGGCUGGGAACAGGCUUUGGACAAUCGAGGGAAAUCUUAUUAUGUUAACCACAUCAACAAGACGACAACAUACGUGGCUCCAGAAGGCUGUUCCUGCGAAUCUCCCCCGGCACCCAGGGACAUAGUGCUCGAGCGGGACCCAGAGCUGGGCUUCGGAUUCGUGGCCGGCUCCGAGAAGCCUGUCUUAGUCCGGUUCGUCACUGACAAUUCGCCUAGUGUGGGAAAAUUGGAACCCGGUGAUCAGAUUCUAUGCGUGAAUGGCGAAGACGUGAGCAUGGCUGCUCGCGAGCACGUCAUAUCCGCAGUCAGGGCUUGCACGGAGAAGGUCACCCUUCGCGUAUGCCAACCGGCCAGAGCUGGGAAUCCCACGAGAAGAUCCGCGCUGCUAUCUGCUGCCAAGAGAGCCAGGCUAAGAGCCAGACCGCCGAGGGUUCGAUUCGCUGACUCAGUUCAGUUAAAUGGAGCUCCCAUGUAUCCGCCCUCAGCAUUCUCGCUGGGCGACUUGUGCCUUCCGCCGAUGGCGAACGUCCUCAAAGUCUUCCUGGAAAACGGUCAAACGAAAUCCUUCAAAUACGACACUACAACAACAGUGGCGGAUGUGGUGACGAAUCUUAAAGAGAAACUCUGCAUCAUUGCUGAAGAGCAUUUCAGUCUGGUUGUGGAGCACGUGAAAAGCUUAAGAAGGAAUAAACUGACUCUGCUCGAUCCUAAGGAGUCUUUGGCAAGGAUAGCAGCCCGUCCCGGUUCGCACAAGAUGCGAUGCCUGUACCGAGUGGUCUUCAUGCCGACGUCUGCCGCUGACCUGGCCCAGCAAGACCUGGCAGCGCUGGACUACCUGUACCUGCAGUGCUGCAACGACGUCGCCCAGGAGAGGUUCGCUCCAGAGCUCCAACCCGAAGUGGCCCUCCGACUGGCGGCCCUGCACAUGCACCAACACGCCCUGGCCAACAAUCUCUCGCCGGCCAAGUUGACCGUUAAAGCUGUCGAAAGAGAAUUCGGGCUGGAAAGGUUCGUGCCAAGCAGCCUGCUGGAGAGCAUGAAACGCAAAGAGCUCAGGAGGCUGAUCGCUCAUUUCCUGAAACUGAACUCGCAGAUGACCGGCAGCCAGCGGCAUCUGACGCAGCUGCAGGCCAAGCUUCACUAUCUCGAUAUAGUGGGAGGGCUGCCGAGCUACGGAGCGAAAUGUUUCAGCAGCAGCAGACCAGAACGAGUGCUGCUGGUCUCUCCGAGGUUCGGUCUCAGUCAGAUCGUGGGGAGAACUAACUCUGUGCCACAGCAAAUAGCGUCCAUAGACGAAGUGGAGUGCGUGCGGGUGCGGCGCGCGGGCGCAUGCGCGGAACUGGCCGUGUUCCUGCGCCGCGACCGCGUGCUAGCGCUGCUCAUGGACGAUAGGGACGCCGCGGAGAUGCCGCUCGUCAUCGCCGGAUAUUACAAGCUGGCGACCGGUAAAGAGCUGAAUGUGGAAAUUGAACGGGAACCCAUCACGGAGGAUAUAGCUCCACCCUACUUGUCCCAGCACAACGUAGUCCCAGCGAAAUGGAGCUACUUACACCACGACGAUCCCAACGUUUUAUCGAAAAAGCAUUAUGCGAUCUUCAGUAUGCCUCCGCCCUACCAUUCCACUCCGGACCAAGCUAAGAAUAGCUUAGAUUCCAAUAUGAACGCGAAUAUAACGAACAAAAAUAGCAGCAAUAACUCCAGUCCUUUGAUUGGUUUUGAUAAUAAGUCCAGUCUACUUGGACACGAUGUGCACUUCGAGAAGUGUAAGAGAGGUGAAGACUUUAGACUCUUCGAUCCAAACGAUCCUUGCUAUCUCGACGACGGUAUGGGUUUCGAUCUUCAGAGCAUCCUCUCUAUAGAGCUCUUGGAAAACGCCAGCAAUAAUCCAAGACUAGUUGAAGCCAAGAAUGAAGAGGUGCACAGGAGAGUGGCAGAAAUGCAGAAACUGGUUGAGAAUUCUGAACAGUAUUUAACUGAAAACUGUGAAGUUUAUGGUGAGGAUUUAUAUCAUGAUGCGUUUAUAAGAGAUGAGUUAGUUGGUAGAGAGACCAGUGUCGAUAAUUUGGAAAGCGACACUGAGUCUAAUAAUAGUAGAAUGUCUAUGGCUGAUGACGCCCCUGGCAUCUUAAAACACAGCGAUUCGCUUUUGCUUCUAACUGAAACUAUAAAUCAGGGUUUGAGUGUACUGCCUGUGUCAGAAAAUGACAAUAAUGUUAGUGGCUUGACGGCGCGACAGUCUCAAGGGCUUAGUACCAUAUUAAAUAAUUGUGGUCUCACAGACGCUUUAAUAGCUUUAAACAAUGAUAUUUGUCAUUCAGAAAGUGAUAAUGAUUCAUUAUACACUCCCACAAACAGCCCCAUACGGAGACAUCAGAACAAAACGCCAAAUAAAGCAGUUAGAACUAGUUUUGGUUUGCACAGCCCAGAGGCAAUACAAGAAAAUAAAGAACCGAACUUGAAAGAUUACUUGAAGCAACUAAGAGAGAAGAGCAAUAGAGAUGAAGCGGCAAGUACAGAGUAUCAUCCAUUUUAUUAUCAGGAGAGCCUAGUUGAUAGUGACGUCGAGCUUAUAGAUUUAACUUUAAUACCACCCCCACAAACUCCUGAUGAAUUGGAUUGCGCCACACAAGUGCCUCAAAUUCUCCCAGUCGUACCGCCCUCUUUCGCAGAUGAAAAAGCAAGUUCAACAGAAAAUAUUUCGGAUGCACCAAAAACUAGUGAUUUGGAAGAAUUCAUCGCCAAUGUUACAAUACAACCACCCACUGUUAAAGUCACGCCUGCAAUAGAACUGACGCCAGAAGAGAUAAUGUCUUACAUCAUUCCGCCACCCCCAGGGUCCAAUACAUCUACUCUAGACAGAGAUGAAGUAGGAUACGCGAACCAAACCCAGAUCUUAGAAGCAAAACUUGCACAAAACGUAAACGAUAACACCAAAACAUCAAAUGGAGAUGUAGUUAAGGGACAGCUGAGUGUCAGUGAAAUUAGGAAUAUGUUUGCAGCAAAAAGUCUGAGUGAAGCUAGGAAUAGUUUGUUGCUCAAAGAUAAAAGUAAAACUACAACACAAACGAAAUCUGAUUCCCCAAAAGGUAAACGGAAGAGCGUCUCAGGUGAUAAACAAGCAAACGGUAACAUACACGUUAUAGAAUACCCGACAGUCGAAAGAAAAGGCAUGUUCUCCUGCUGCAGCAAAGAUAAAAAUAAGUCAGAUGAUACCAACGAUGAGGGAGAAAAAGUUGAAACUCAAAUACAGAACUCCGAUUCAAUGCCCGACGUGUGCGAAAUCAGGCCUCCUCCGAGAAGAAAAAGUUCUGAUUGCAAAAAACCUCCUGAAAGACCUCCGAAGACAGCUCCAAUACCUCCUCCGAGACCUCGGUCCAAUUCUUUCACGUGUCUCAAUAACGAAUUGACUGCGGUCGAAAUCAGCACCAAUCAUUUCAACACGCUAAAUAAUAGACAAUUGAACUACAAGGUUAUCUGCGAUAUUAAUGAAAAAAGUGUACAAAAUCCACCCCAAGUACCUCCUAGAUUAGAGAACAAGGUUCUGUCACCACCCCCACCUAUAUUACUACCUCCAAAGAAGCCACCUCUCCCACCAGUUCCGAGCAUCGAGGUACUCAGACUGAAGACAUUACAAAAAAGUUCUCCAAUCAGGAACCAAGAGCAAAGACUGGCCAGUAUCGGAUCGCCACAUUUUCAGAGAAAUUUAAAUAGUUAUAAGAACCUUGAGAACGAAAGCCGUGCGGAUGACGAAGUGCACAUCCGAUCGACCCCAAACUACAGUUCCAUGACGCUGCAGAGUCGACACGUUAGAUCGAAUUCAGAAACGAAAACCACAAUCUUGAAGAACAAGGAAAUGUCGACAGCUUUAUCUUUGUGCUCACCUCAGAUGAAUCGGAGGUUUAGCAAUAGACCAGAUAUAUUGAACGGCGCUCCGUGCGACCAAAAAGUCUUCAGCCCUCCUCUAGACAGAAAGACUUUUAGCUCAAGUCCUACACCAAAAGUGAAUCAUGUUAGGUUUAAAGAAGACGUAGUGGAUGACAUUCCGACUCCUCCGUCGCCGCCGACGGUGAAGUUUCCAGAGUUCCAGGCGGGGAACAAUGGGCACGUGUCCAUAGAGAACUUGCUAUGUAAAACGGAGGUGGCCGUCGACGGGUUGCUGCAGAGGCUGCAUCAGGUAGCACAGAAAUGUUCGCAUCAACACGCGCACGGAGGCGGAGAAGAUAUUGAUGAAGCCAAGUUUCAGCGAGCGCGCAGCGAAUUGACUUCGUGCGCUGUGUCGUUGGUUGGGGCUUCACGGACACUAGUGGGGGCGCUGGGGGUCGCGCGGGGAGGUGCGGCUCCUACUGCACUAGCCGACUGCUUGACGCCUCUCCGACGACUGACCGAUCUCGCUCAGGCGCUUGGAAGGCACACAUCCUCACCGCUUCAAACAAGGAAUUUGGUGCUCCGUGUUCAUGACGUCACGGCAGCUUUUAAGGAACUAGCCGGGCAGGAAAUGGCACAAAUAAUUCACGAGCACAACAAUAAAUCUAACAAGCAGCAAAAUCAAGACACGGCGUCCACUCUAGAAGGGCAGUUAGCCCUGAGGGCAGAAUGCUUAGCGAACGUUCUGGCAACAUUACUAAGAAGUCUGAGGGUGUUUUCGCCGUGAAUUUUUAGCGGGAACAUCUGACACGUUAACCGCUCGCGCCACAGAGCAUUGAAUUUUAUUAUGAAUGAUAGUUAACACUUUUUGCACGGAUAAUACUUUAAUACAGAGUUUUAUCUGUACAAUAGUAGAAUGUGUUAUUAUUACCACAUUACAAUAAUUAAGUUUAAUUCGUUAAGAUUUUGAUAGUUUUUCGUUGUAAAACAUAACCGUUACUAAAAUGAGACCAAAUAAAAUUAGGUAUGUUUGUUUUCUUGGUUUUUUUUUAAUUGUAGUUGGCAACACAAUGUUUUAGUUGUAGAAUUGUAAAUUUUAACAUAUGUUAUAGAAAAUAUGUUGUUAAUUAUGUCCAAAAACAAAUGAAAAUCGAUUAAUAAAAAUUGAUACAGAUAAUUUAAGUCUUAAGACUUUGGAGUGCAGCUAAACAAAUUUUCGAUUAUCUGUAUUUUGUUUUAUAAGCCGUAAUGUCUAUGGAUACCGUAGGAGUUAUGUUACCAUAAUUAUUAAUUAAUUUUACCUAUAAAUAUAUCUAAUGACUAAAAUAAAUGUACAUUUUAUAAUUCUAGUAGAACGUUUUGUGAACAAGUUUAAAUAAAAUCUGUAAUCAUAUCUACUUAAUAUCAGAGAGCCAUAUCUUAAUUUCGUAAGAACAAAAAUCUCAAUGCUAUUUAUAAAAUCGAUAUUGACAUCUCAAGUCUAUUGGUAUUUGACUUUUUGUAAAAUUUACAUUGAAUUUAAGCAUAAAAUAAAUAGUAAAUGAUAAUUUCAGAAUUAUACUUUAAGUUUGCAAUUAUAUAACUUGAAACAUCUAUUCUUAAAACGAACUACAGCACAGUGUUGCAUGAUAUAAAAAACUCCCAGAAUUUCCGCAAAUAAACAGCGUUUUAUUUCGCGUGAAAUGCUAAAACAUUGGUGCUAUUUUGAAUAAUGUAAGUUUUGCUGUUUAAUUUUUAAACCUGUAUCAUUUUUGGUAGUAAAACAGUAUAUGCAUUAGAGAUUUGAGAUGCUCGACGUAAUGACUGAAAACGAGUCAGAAAGAGAUCUGUAGUUUGGUCUUAUAGCAAUAACGUUUUUGCUUCAUGUUACAGAGUACCUACUCUAAAAAUGAAUUUUGGUUUUGCGACUCCCAUCCGACACGGUUUGUACGACUUUUUUAUUACUGAACUUACAUAUUAUGCUAAGCUUAGGACCGUUAACUGCUGUAUCAUUGAUCCGACUUUGGUAUGAAUUGAUUUAAACUUUCGCGGGUGAUUACACUUAAAAAAAACUUUUUUGUUGUUUGUGUUUCGAAGACUACAUAAGAACUUGAACCUCGUCUACAAAACUUUCAUUCGUACCAAUGUUUAAUAAAGACACAUCGUUGUAAUAAAAAAAAAUACUUAUUAUUAUACUUACAAACAUUACAACCACAAAUACAUUAGUUUAAACGAGAUUAGAUACAAUCUUAUCUGGCAACACUGACUCUAGAAAUAAGAACUUAUGCGGGAAGCAAAACCAAUUAUAGUUUGAAAAUUCUACGCGUGUAUAUAAUAUAAUAUAAAGGAACAUAAAUAAUAUAUUACUUAUAAUCAACAUUAAUCAUUUACGUAGUAAAAUCAAAAUAUAGAUCUCUCUAUUUUAAUCACAAUCUUAGUCCACAACUGCCUGGUAAGUACAUUUAUUAACGUCAAUUUCCAACUCAAGACACUGAAAAUAUUUAUUAUUAUUAUUUUGUCUACGUAAGCGGUGUGAUUUGAAAUUCGCUUAUUCCGGAAAUAUCAUGUAGCUUAAAACUCAGAUGCCAUUGAGCAUGUUACUUUGCUUGCGAAUUUAUAUACCACACAUUACGUGGUAUAUAAAUUCCUACUGGUGGUAGGACCUCUUGUGAGUCCGCACGGGUAGGUACCACCGCUACGCCUAUU